GGUCACGCAUUUUCGAGGGUUAGCUCUAGCGGAUAAAAUUGCAUUUACAUUCAAGCCUGGGUAAAUAGUUUGUACAAGACGAAGAACCGAUGAAAAAAGCAAAACAUGAUUGGCACUUUAUUGAUUUCACGACUUUUACCCGUUCUUCGCAGAACGAUAAGAUUUCUGUGCCUCAGCUGUCUUGCUUCAGAAGUUUGCGGUGCUACCUUGUGGCCUUCAGGAAGGUAUGGAUUACCUAUGCCUAAAAGUGAUUGUCCAGGGGCAAAUGGAUUUCAUUGGCAAACAGGAUACAUCUACCAGGAUCUUAAAGACGUUGGAACCGUUACUACUGUCUCGCUGAACUCACAGCUCAAAGGCCGGGUCUCGGCGGGUGAUGUCGAACAGUAUUUCUGUAUAAAGAACGACACAACAGCAAUACUCGAAACAAAACGACCCCAAUGGCCUCCAGGGGAGUACUGUAUCUAUCAGAAAGGCUCCAAAUGUCCCAGUGGACUGCUGAGUGGGUGGAUAAUGUGGAAUGGCGAAGAUGGUACCAACGGAAAAAACAAAAAUGCUCAGCACGGUGUUCUUCCAGAAGGAGUAUUUAAUCAAGACACAAAGAUAUACUUUUGCUGUAAGAGCACCAAAGACGGAUAUAAAGAGCCAAUCGAGCUUCCUUUUGCGUCUCCCUUUUACCUGAUGGCGUUUACACGAUAUUGCCAAGACGUUCUGUACACCAUACACAAGAACGAAUACAUUACAUAUGACAAAGAAGAUUUUGUUAAUCAAGACGGGAAAUCAUUCCCAUAUCCGUAUGGAGCGGACCUCUACCCACCUAAAAUAUAUUACUGUUAUUAUAGAGAGUGCGCAUGGACGAUGACAGCACUGAAUGGCACAUUCUGGAGUCCAUACUAUCCACAGAACUAUAACAACAAGGCCUGGUGCAAGUGGCAUAUUAAAGUCCCUUGGAAUUACGCUGUUCUGAUCACUUUUGAAGACGUCAGUUUAACGCAGAAUGGCUGCAACGACGACUUUGUCAACGUGCAGGAAACAUUUACUAACGGCACACAAGUUUUGAUUGGUUCAAUCUGCGAAACGUCCACACCACAGAUAAGAUCUAGUGGUAAUAAUGUUACGGUUGUUUUUCGCUCAGAUGCUACUGUGACAGACAAAGGAUUUCAGGCCAGGUACCAAGCAAUAAGGAUAAGAGCAGCCAAAACGACAACUUGUACAACCCUAGCCUCAACUCAGACAAGCAGUGUCAAUGAUAAAGCAUCCACAACGUCAUUAAGCGCAGAAACCACUCAAGAGAUGUCUUCUACCAGAGUGAGCAAAUUCAGCUCUCGAGAAAAAACAGAUCACAUCUCAGCCAUCGGAACUGAGGACAUCUCUAAGACGAAAGGAGAAGGUUUUUCCGAUACAUUGGACAAUGAAAGCGAGUCUGCAGCAAACACCUCCCUCAUCGCUGCAUUAAGUGCAUCUUUGGUAGUAAUUUGUGUGAUGGUCGCAGUAGCUUUGUUUUGUUUUCACAAAAAGCGGAGUAGCAGGAAAAAUGAAAAUUGGAAAGCACCUACGGUGAGCUUUCGACCAUACGAGAAAGCAGCCGACAUUUACAGUUCUGACAAUGAUGAUGAAAGAAAUGAUAAUCGUUACGCAUAUGUCGACCCGCGAGGGAUGUAUAAUAACAGCGAUGAAACAGUAAAGGAAAGUGAGAACGUACUGUACGAAAGUGAUAGCAUGACUACCUCCGCAAGAAAUACCACCAAAGAAAGUGAAAAUCCUCUCUACACAGGCGGCACUGUUUGUGGGAAGACAUUUGAUGCGGGCAUGUACGAAAGUGUGGAUCAGCGUGACCUAAAUCAAGAUGAAGGCAUCUACAGUUCACUAUACGAGAGUAUCGAAACAGGACAAGACGAAAAUGAAGACAUUCUGUGUGAAAGCAUGGAUGAUGUUAUACAGAGUGUAGAAGAGGCAGGAAGCAUCAAUCCGGUGUAUGAAGGCUGUCUUUCCUUCGAAGUUUGCUGUGCUACCUUGUGGCCGUCAGGAAGGUAUGGACUACCUAUGGCUAAAAGUGGUUGUCCAGGGGCAAACGGAUUUCAUUGGCAAACAGGGUACAUCUACCAGGAUCUCGAAAACAAUGACAGUGUAACUACUAUCUCGCCGAACUCACAGCUCAAAGGCCGUCUCUCGGCGGGUGAUGUCGAACAGUAUUUCUGCAUAAAGGACGACUCAACAGCAACAUUAGAAAGAAACCGACCCCGAUGGCCUGCGGGGGAGUACUGCAUCUAUCAGAAAGGCUACGAUUGUCCAUAUGGACUGUUGAGUGGGUGGGUAUAUUGGGAUGACGAAGAUGGAACAAACAAAAACUCCUACAACGGAGUUCUUCCAGAAGGGGUAUUUGAUCACGACACAAAGAUAUUCUAUUGCUGUCAAAACACCAAAGACGGAUAUAAAGAACCAAUCAAGCUUCCUUUUGCGUCUCCCUUCUACUUGAUAGCGUUUAGACCACAUUGCCAAGAAGUUCUGCACACCAUUCAUAAGAAAGAAUACAUCAAAUAUGACACAGAAAAUUACGAUAAUCGAGACAGGAAAUCGUUCCCAUAUCCGUUCGGAGCCGAUUUCCAUGAGCCGCAAAUAUAUUACUGUUAUUAUAGAGAGUGUGCAUGGACAAUGACAACACUAAAUGGCACAUUCUGGAGUCCAUACUAUCCACAGAAUUAUAACAACAAGGCCUUGUGCAAGUGGCACAUAAAAGUCCCUUGGAAUUACGCUGUUUUGAUCACUUUUGAAGACGUCAGUUUAGAGUGGAAUGGCUGCAACUACGACUUUGUCAACGUGCGGGAAACAUUUACCAACGGCACACAAGUUUUGAUUGGUUCAGUCUGCGAAACGUCCACUCCACAAAUAAGAUCCAGUGGUAAUAAUGUUACGGUUGUUUUUCGCUCAGAUGCUACUGUGUCAAAGAAAGGAUUUAAGGCCAGAUACCAAGCUAUAAGGAUAAGAGCAGCCGAAACGACCACUAGUGCAACCUUUGCCUCAACUCAGACAAGUAUUGUCGAUGAUAAAGCAUCCACAACGUCAUCAAGCGCAGAGACCACUGAAGAGAUAUCCUCUACCAGAGAGAGGAGAUUCAGCUCUCGAGAAAAAGCAGAUCACAUCUCAUCAACCAUGGGAACUGAGGACAUCUCUAAGACGAGAGGAGAAGGUUUUUCCGAUACGUUGGACAAUGAAAGCGCUGCAGCAAACACCUCCCUCAUCGCUGCAUUAAGUGCGUCUUUGGUAGUAAUUUGUGCGAUCGUCACAGUAGCUUUGUUUUGUUUUCACAAAAAGCGAUAUUGCAGGAGUAGCAGGAAAAAUGAAAACCGGAAAGCACCUACAGUGAGCUUUCGACCAGAUGAGAGCGCAGUCGACAUCUACGCCACCCCAAGGGAUGAAACAGUGAAGGAAAGUGACAACCCAUUGUACGAAAGUGAUAGCAUGGGUACCUCUGCAAGGAAUACCAUCAAAGAAAGUGAAAAUCCUCUCCACACAGGCGGCGCUGAAUGUGGAAAGACAGGUGAUGAGGGUAUGCCGUUUGAAAGUUCUGGCCAUGAUGAUGAAAGAAAUGAUGAUCGUUACGCAUAUGCCAACUCGCAUGGGAUGUAUAACAACAGUGAUGAAACAGUGAAGGAAAGUGACAACCCAUUGUACAAAAGUGAUAGUAUGAGUACCUCCGAAAGAAAUACCAUCGAAGAGAGUGAAAAUCCUCUCUACACAGGCGGUGCUGAAAGUGGGAAGACAGUUGAUGCGGGCAUAUAUGAAAGUGUGGAUCAGCAUGACCCAAAUCAAGAUGAAGGCAUCUACAGUUCACCGUACGAGAGGGUGCCUUAAGUUUGGAAAAGUUUCGAGGAGACUCUUACAAGGAAUGAACCUCUUAAUGCUACUUUUUCUUAUGUUUAUCUCUUCUAUCAGAGACAAGAAGACUUACAGUACAACUGCCAAUUGUUCAUAAAUUGAAAAAAGAAUUAGUUUCAUAGAAACUAUUUUCAGCCCUUAACAAAUAGGAGCACGUGUCAUUAUAUAACCUCAUUAGCAGCCGUCAUUUGGUCGUGCCUUGCAACCCCUUUUAUCCUGCUUUGCGAGAAGAGACCAACCAAUAACUGCUAAGGAGACUGGUCAUCUUUUUGAUCUCGCUCGCCUCUCUGAUUGGAUGUCCAGUCUCAGUAAACGUCCUGACGUAGUAUCCGAGCUGUUUGUGUAAAGGAAAGGGAAAUAAACAAUUCAGAUUGUGGUUACAACUUU